UGUCUGCGCGAAACGAUCAGGCAACCUGCAGAAAGGUGUGAGUAAAUAUUUUACCAGAUUUUUUACUCUUCUGACUUUAAAUCUUGACUUUGUUUCAUAUCAAGCUUUAUUUUUUUUGUUUUUGUCUAUCAAGUUAUCAGCAUCAAUAUUUUGUAAUCUCAAUGGGAAUUCAAGUAGAAAAAUGAUAAAAACGUUUUUGUUACUCUGUUCACAUCCAGAUAUUUCUCUUUAAGCAUCUGAUGUUUAGAAAUUAGCUGUGAAUUUAUUUAAUUUUCUUACGUUUCAGUCCAGCGUUGUUCCUCCUGACUUUGAUACAUUGUGGACAAAACCUGAUAAUCUGAUUUGUUGAAGAUUUCCUGACUGUUUUUUUACUCUUCUUGAGGGAAACGGAUGGAGCCGAACAACCAGCCUGAAGGUUUCAGGAUGAAGAUGAUCUCCAGCAUCCUGCUGCUCCUCAUCCUCAGCUCAUGUCUCUGUGCAGCAACAUUUGUAGUGAAUGUGACACAGAGCAGCUAUCAGGCAGAGGAGAACCACAGCAUCACUCUGGAGUGGACCUUCACCUCCAGACCCGACUCCUGCUUGAGCUUCGAGUUCAUGAUCUUCACUUUAAUAACCGAAAACAAAAAAGUGUCCAUCUUGCUCCAUGAGCAUGGUGGAGUGGAGGUGCCUCAGUCUCAGGAUGAACAGUUUUCAGGACGAGUCCAGAGUGAUAAAGAACUCCUUAAAGACGGACGGAUUAAACUCCAUGUGUCCAGGCUGAGGAUUAAUGACUCUGGUCUGUAUUUGUGUGAAAUCCAGGCAGAUUGUGGCUUCGGCUCGGCUGCAUGUCGACUAAUAGUCAGAGCUGGUGACAAACAACCUGAGAGUCCAACUGCGGAUCCUCCAACAGAAAACAAAGGAUUGAUGGCUCUCUUCGUUCUGCUGGUGUUGGCAGCAGCAGCAGCAGCAACAGGAGUAACUGUGUACUGUAGAAAUAAAAAAAAUAGAUCCAAAGAGUCAAGAGACUGGAUGAACCAUCUACAGAAUGAGACAACAUGACGGCUCCUUUGAGAUGAAAGACGAUAAACCUCAGUGACUUCAUGACGGCCAUCUUUGAAGGAUGACGACCGGCUGUUGCUUCCUGCAGUUCGUACCGUCUCCUCUGGGCGACUUCCUGCUGUGAUGUCAGAGUAUUUGGACCUGAACUGAACUGGAACCUGAAGUGAACUGAAUCAGUGAAUCGUUCAGUCUGAUGUCGUGCUCUCGAUCAGCGCCUUUCUUCACACCAUCAUUUAUCCUUCUGGAUUUUCUGGAGAAUUUUGAUUUCAUCAAGAUGAACUUCUGUUAGUUUCACAGCAGAAAUUUUCUCCAUCAUGAAGAUGAAAUGUUUUCUGAAGUCGUCAGAUUCCUCUUUUUAUGACUGACUCCCAAUCAUUUCUCAGUAUUUAUUAUUGUAUCUAUUCUUACUGUCUGUGAUUUAAAUAUUUGAUUUUUAACUGGCUUUCUUAAGUGUAUUAAAAAGUAUCAAAUAAAACAGAAAAUUUAUUAUUUUGUCUUGUUUUGGAGCAAGAUAGUAUCCGUUUUUACUAAAAUUAAAAUCAAAGUUUCACAAGCUUUAAGUUAUUAAAGUUCUUUGGUUUUUAGAUUUCUUUUUUUUUUUUCAAAAUAUUUAAUCUUUAAAACUAAAACUCUUAGUUAAGCUUGUAUAGAUUUCAUUCCUGCCUUGUAGGAUUUAUUGAAAGUUAGCGCCCUCUGGUGAUCUAUGAAGAAA